CCACAGUUUGUCCAAUUCCAAAACCAUGAGCUGCAAUAAAGAUUUGGUUCCACUUCAAUUUUCCAAUUGCGAGCUAUCAACCAUGUCGACACCAACGCCUCACGCUGACUACAACGAGCUCAAGAUGGACACGACUGUUGCCUUGGACGACCAAGUCGCGUACAUCCACCAGCUGGAAGAAGCCGGUGUGGAGGUGGACACGACGUUCUCGUCGAUGCCGCUGCCGCUCAAGAUCUUCUGGGGCGUGUUCUACUUUUGUUUGGCGCUGACGUCCCUGUACUUUUUCAUGGUGUCGGUCAAGGUGAUCGGCGAGUCGUUCUCGCUGCUUCUCGGGUGCGAAGCCAAGUCGGCAUUUGAGUUUGCCCACAACCCCGUGGCGGGGCUCAUGGUGGGGGUGGUGGCCACCGCGUUGCUGCACUCGUCGGGAACGGUCACGUCCAUCACGGUGGCACUGGUGGGGGCCAAGGGGCUGACGGUGCGCCAGGGGGUGCCCAUCAUCAUGGGGGCCAACGUCGGCACGUGCAUCACGUGCAUCAUGGUCGCGUUCGCCCAGGUGGGCAAGCGUGAUCAAUUUGAGCGCGCCAUGGCGGCUGCCACCGUCCACGACAUGUACAACAUCUGGUCGGUGAUCGUGCUGUUUCCCAUCGAGCUGCUCUUCCACCCCCUGGAGCUGCUGUCGCUGGCCAUGACAGGCGGCAAGACAAGUUUUGAUUUCAAGUCCCCAACCGACGCCGUGGUCAAUCCCCUCUCGGAUCUGAUCGUAAAGUCGGACCGGUCCAUGAUCGAGAAGGUGUCAACUGGGAAAGUCUCGUGCGAUCAGGCGGUUUUCAUGAAGGCGGGCAUGUUCUACGACAGCAUCAAGGACAAUAGCAUGUCCAACGCGACCGCGGGUGGAAUCUGCGUGACCAUCGGGUUUUGCAUGCUCGUGUUUUCACUGGUGUCGUUGGUACACAUGCUGACCAAGCUGUUCCGCGGAUCUGCCCAGAACCUCAUCCGCAAGAUGCUCAACUUCAACGGGUACCUCAACAUCAUUAUCGGCACGGCCAUCACGUUCUGCGUGCACUCGUCCACGGUGGUCACGUCCACACUCACUCCCAUGGCCGGGCUCGGGCUCGUGUCCCUCGAGCAGGUCUACCCCAUCGUCAUCGGCGCCAACUUGGGCACGACCGUCACGGCCAUGCUGGCGUCGUGGGUGUCUGGGCAGUCGGACGCCGUCGCCAUCGCGCUCGUGCACUUUUGGUUCAACAUGUGGGGCAUCCUCCUCUUCUACCCCGUCCCCAUGACCCGGUACCCCAUCCUGCAGUGGGCGCGUCGAUUGGCCUACUACAGCGCGCGGUGGCCGGCCGUGGCGGCGCUGUUCCUGGUGCUGCUCUUCAUCGUCGGGCCUGGGGUGCUCCUAGGUCUGACCUACCUCUUCCAGGGCGAGACUGUGGCCGUGGUGUUCGGCGUGAUCAUCUGCGUGGGCGUGGUCGCCACCGUGCUGGGCUUUUACUGGUGGUACUUCAAGAAGGGCGGCCGCGCCAAGUGGCAUGCGUUCCUCGAAGCCAAGGCUGACGCGUACCGCGCCAAGGAAACAGCCAAGAACAAUGUCCAGGAGGUCCACGAACAAGUUUAGAACCGUGCUGGCAGGAAUUAUGAAUAAUGUUGCGUGAAGUUACAGGACGAGAUCUUCGACUGACAUGGGCACACGUCGUCGUCGGGCCAAGUCAAUCAAGCACUAGGGCAGUGUUCGGUUGGUACUGACUCCAUUGCGCGGUACUCGGACAGCAUGCGGUCGCUGCCUGCAAAGUACAGAUUCAACAAUUACCCUUGGUAGCAUAGUCCUGACGCCAACGUUCAGUGUCGCAACGUCGUUGAUGGAGCCUGUGAGGAAGGCCUGGUACAAGUGGUACACGUUCUCGCACUCGGUCCAGUGGGAGCCCAACUCACGAAGCACGACGGACCACCUUCCUCUGGGUCCUUUGCAUCGUCGACGUAUUUGUAAGACUGGUGGGUCCGUCUUUGUAGCAACACUUCGUGAAGAGUCGUCACUGAAGACUGUUCACCAAGUGUCGCUGCUAAUGGUGCUCCAGACUCGACGGGGCCACUUCAUAGAGCUACGUGUAUGCUGUAAUGUUGUACUCUCGACACAUG